AUGAGAGUUGUGGUACCUAUAUUCCUGCUUCUUGUUUCCAUGGUUGCGAGUGGUUCUGAGGCAGCUGUGUCUUGCAACACAGUUGUGUCCUACCUUUACCCGUGCGCGGUGUACGUGGCACGGGGAGGAGUCAUCCCGGGAAGCUGUUGCACUGGCAUCAGGAUGCUCAACGGACAGGCUAGGACGUCAUCGGACCGCCAAGGUGUAUGCCGCUGCAUCAAGAAUGCUUUGGUAGGAGUGUCUUACACUGCUAGGAAUCUCAAGAAUGCUGCCACUUUGCCAGUCAAGUGCCGUAUCAGUCUUCCUUUCAAGAUCGACCCUUCCACCAACUGCAACAGGAUUCAGUGA